AUGGGGAAGAAAAACAAAAAGAGCAAAGAAAAGCAAGAAAAGAUAAAACUCAAAAAAGAAAAGCAAAAGUUGAAGUCCUUGAAAACGAAGAAGAAAAAAAACGACAACAGUGGCAACCAUGACGUGUUAAGUGACGCAGAUUUCGAAACCAUAUGCUUGUAUUACGAAAAUUUAAAUAAAAAAGAUAAGUAUGGACAUAUAAAUGUGAACACGACAAGUAAUAAUACAUUUGUGGAGUGCGAAAAACCCAGCCCCAGGUCCAACUGUUCCGUCACGUUUAUCAACGAAGAAGAGUUCCUCCUAUUCGGUGGAGAGUACAAUAAUAACCACGAACUGCUGGCUUACAACGAUUUGUUCAAGUACAAUGUAGUGAAAGAUAAGUGGAAGUAUUAUUUCACAACAGGGAAGAAACCCAAACCGAGAUGUUCACACCAAGCGGUUUAUUUCAAUAAAAAGUUAUACAUCUUUGGGGGGGAACUAUGCACGAACACACAAUUUUUUCACUACAACGAUUUCUGGUCCUUUGACAUAAAAAAUAACACCUUUGAAGAAAUAGAAUGCAAAAACAAAAGAGACGAAAAGCCCUCCCCUAGGAGUGGCCAUCGAAUGAUUUUAUGGAAAAGCUCCAUAAUUAUGUUUGGAGGCUUUUUCGAUAAUGGGAAGACAGUAGAAUACUUUAGCGACCUUUACAUGUACGUAAUCAGUAGCAACAAAUGGGUAAACCUAACCAGCAUAUAUUUGGACUGCCUGUUUAGGAGAUUAACCCAGGAAGAUGCAACCAGCACUGGAAAUACGGUAAACACAACGAAAAAUGAAAAAAAGAAAAAGGGAGAUAAAACAAUAUCACAAAAUGUGAAGAACACCUUUUUUAAAAACUUCGAUUUAGAUUCGUAUAUGCCAUCUAAGAGAUCGAGCGUUAGUCUAUUCACCGAUAUGAAAUUUCAAAGGGUGUAUAUAUAUGGAGGGUAUGCUCAGAUAAAAAACACUUCUAGGAAUGCCAUUGGGGCCUACUACAAUGACUUGUGGGUUGUAAAUAUAAACUACACUGGGGAAGAUAAUAACAUCCUGGUCAGUUUUAAAAAACUGAAAAAAAGUAUCUUCCAACCAUCGAAGAGAAUUGGGUUCAGCACAUGCAUUUACAAAAAUUCGUUAAUUUUAUUUGGGGGUGUUUUUGACAAGGUGGAGAAAAAUAACACGAACAAGGCGACAGCGCAGAGUAGCACCCCCACCGGUAAUGUUUCCUCCUUGGAGGAAUCACUCAACAUACAGUCCAUCUUCUUUAACGAUUUAUACUCGUUUGACAUGAAUAAGGAGCACUGGUCCUACCUCAGCCUGAAGGGAAAUAACGAUGUCAGAGAGGUUAACCGAAACGAAAAGGAAAAUAAAAAAAAACGAAACGGAGAACCCAACCCGGGUUCCCCCUCCGGCGGCAGCAGCAGUAAGCAGCUUCUACCGGGGGACCAAGACUCUUUAGGCAAAAGUAGAGAAGGUCGAUUCGGCACCUCCAGAGACUCCGCAUCCGACGGUUACGAUUCAAGUCGCUUCACCGACGGCGAAAAUAAUGACGAGGAGUACUACUCCAACGUGUUUGUCUAUUUUGACGAAAAUGGAAAUAAAAAAACGAUCAAGAUUGACCAGGAAGACGCAGAAAACAGAAGUGGUAACGAAUUGCACAACGAGAAAAAGGAAUUUCACGAAAAGUCCCCAAAAGGAAACUCCCAUGCGUUAAACAUGAAUAAAGAAAUGGGCACCUCGACAAACGAGGUAAUCGACUCGCAUUCGGUGUUUAUGCAGUGUGAGGAGUCGGCACACGCGAGCAGCACUAACAUCGUGGGCGAUUCGAAAAGGGGAAAAAAGGGGUUCGAAAAAUGCUGCAUUCCAAAUGGCGAUCAUGAUGACCCUCAUAAUGGGGGCGACCCCCCUGAGGGAAGAGAUGCACCAGGAGAGUGCGCGGAGCACGACCUAACCGAUUCCCAUUCCGACCCCGACUCUGACACCAACGAGGAAGAAAAAAAAACCAAGUUCGUAAUAAACGACGUGGAGCCCAUCGGCAGAAUCAACAGCCACAUAUUCGUAACGAACAAAACUUUGCACCUACUAGGUGGUAUGUAUGAAUACAAAAACAACGAAAUAAUGUUAAGUGAUCACUGGAAAAUUAACAUUUUCAAAAGAGAAAAAUGGGAACUAGUACAUAAAGGAAAUUUAGAUGACAUUUAUGUGGAAGAAAGUGAUUUGAGCUCUUCCCUUUCCAUAGACGAUGAAGAUAAGGAUGAAAAGGAAAUAGAAAAUUUGAUCAUUUCUGAUAAAAUAAAAAAAAUGGAAAAUAAAAUAAAGGCAGAAAGUGGAGGCUUCAUUUUUGAUGCCAAUGAAAAUUUAAAUGAAUUCUUCCUCAGAACAAAAGAGCACUGGUUGAAAGAACUAAAUGUGGAUGAAGAAAAUAAAAGAAGUAGAAAAGACGCUUUCGUUCUGUGUGAGCAGAAAUACCAAGUGCUGAAAAAGUACCACAGGAAAAUUCACAAGUAUAGGGAAUUGCUUUUGGCUGAAGAAUGCGGAUCGAGCAUGACUGAGGGAAGCUCCAGCGACCUGGGAGAGGAAUCCUCCAGUUAG